AUGGGAUCCUUAAAUAAAAGUGAGGACACGGACACACUGCUUCGUCAAAAACAACAAGAAAUACUGAAUCUUCUACUCCCGGAUGUAAUUUGCUUAACAGUUUUUACUGUAGUUGGGGCUAUUGGGAACGUACUGGCAGCUGUGUUCUACAAGACGAGUUUUAAACGAACAACGACCAUGACUUUGAUCAUAUCAUUGACUUUGAAUGAUUUUAUUGUCUGCCUCUUGUUCAUUCCUAAUAUCGUCGAAAUAGAAUUAAAUGUUAACAAUAGUUACAGUAUACUCUGCAAGAUAACACAUUUCCUGAACCAGUGGUUUAUUGGAACAUCUUGCAUUUUGUUAUGGGUCAUAUCCAUAGAUAGAUACCGUAGAAUAUGUAAACCGUUCGGAAAACAGAUAUCAACACGUUCACUUAAGUACGUCAUUCCUUGUGCGUCAUUUCUUAGUUUAUGCGUUGCUGUUAGGAAGGUUGUGGACUAUGACACGAUUGAAAUUGAAAUCCACUCGUCUGAUAGCAAGAUGAAUAUAACUGGGAAUAUAUCUGGGUCAUAUUGUACAAAUACGGAUAAUCCGGAUUUGCGUGUGAUUGUUUCUUCAUUUUUCGUGAUUGAUGUGAUUUUUGUUUCAACAACUUGGAUAACGAUCAUUGUGGCAUAUUCAAAUGCGAUUCGCACCUUAAUGUAUCAAAAGCAAAAGAAGAAAAAUAUAUCCAGGAAGUUUCAAUUACAGACAAUAUCUCGCGGUCUGGCCUUGAAUGAAUCCGAAGGAAAUCAAACGUACGAACGAAACGUCAUCCGUGGAUGUGCUGACCAGGUCUACGGCAUGGACUUCUCAGAUGACAACUUAUCAGAUAAUCCUGGCAGCAAAAAUGACGACAAUAACAUUAACGCAUCAUUGGAUACAUUUCAAAAGACAGGUUUGAGCGCGGGAAGUGCUCAAGAUAUUCAUGAUUAUACAGUCAAUCAUUCUGUAAGUGAUCAAGAUGUCCGUGUUUUCACCGAAACAAUACGAAGUGAAAAGAAGGUUAGAACAGUUCGGAAAAAGCCUAUUGUUAAAAAUAUCAGCGCCUUAGAACAGAGCCUAACAUUCAUGAUGUUCACCGCGUCUGCUGUUUUCUUGUUGAGUUUCGCACCAUUUUUUAUUAUCAAACUUUACAUGAGUCAAUACUCUGAUGAUAUAGCUGAAUAUGAAUUACGGCCAGGGGUUCAGUUUGCGUUAAAAUUACCUCUUGUUAACAGUGUGUUUACUCCAAUCAUUUACUGUAUUUUCAAUUCAAAAUUUCGAAAGUUUCUGAAGCCUAGUUUUUGCAGAUUUAGAAAAAUUACUUAA